AUGGGCUCGACGGUGACACCAAGCUCUCAAGUCGAACCGACCAACCACGGCGAUACUGCACUUCCAAACACCCAUAGCAGCGGCACAACCACCGAAAUCAUGUCAAGUCAAGAGGGUCCAACGCAGCAGCAGCUGCAGCAGGAGAAGACUCUUAAGGAGUCCCUUAGGAGUGCGGGUGUUCUGUUUAGAGAACACGCACACCCGAAGGCCGGCACAGUGGAGGAGUUGGUCGGUGUGGUUGGAACCCUCGGGAUACCAGUAUGCAAGAAUCUGUUCUUGAAGGACAAGAAAGGCAGCCUGUUCCUGUUGACGGCCCUCCAUGACUCGCCCACCCCGUUAAAAGGCCUAAUGACGAAGCUGGGAGUUCAGAAGCUCCGGUUGGCCGACGAGAAGUUGCUUGAGGCUACUUUGAAUGUGCUUCCUGGAUGCGUGACCCCCUUCGCCAUGCUGAAUGACCAGAAGAAGGAGGUGACGUUCUUGUUGGACUCGAAGCUGAAGGAUAGUGACAUCUCAGUUUUAGUACAUCCUUUUCAUAACUUCCAGAGCCUGGAACUCGCGGCGAAAGAUCUCACAUCCUUCCUGAUAUCUAAUGGCAUCGCUAUAACGUUCAUUGACUGUGAGGAGUUACAGACACUAUCGGAGCUUCCGGUGGACGGAGUCAAUGGAACGGCGCCGACCGCAAGUACGGCAGGCAAGAAGCUUGGUGGAGGUGCGAAAGGGAGCAAGGACGAGGCUCCUCACCAAGAGGCGACUCUGGGUGUCACGGCGAAGAAGUCAACGAACUUUGCUGACUGGUACACCCAGGUAAUAGUACGUGGCGAGCUGGUUGAAUACUACGACAUCAGUGGCUGCUACAUCAUCCGUCCUUGGGCCUACAGGAUAUGGGAGGCCGUUCAGAAGUUCUUUGAUGAUGGUAUCAAGCGUCUUGGGGUUGAGAAUUGCUACUUCCCGAUGUUCGUGUCUCAGGCGAAGCUUGAGAAGGAAAAGGAUCACGUGGAAGGAUUCAAGCCAGAAGUAGCGUGGGUUACUCAUUACGGAGACUCUGAGCUCCCAGAGAAGGUCGCCAUCCGCCCCACAAGUGAAACGAUCAUGUAUCCAGCAUACGCAAAGUGGAUUCGGUCUCACCGUGACCUGCCGCUAAAGUUGAACCAGUGGAACAACGUCGUCAGAUGGGAAUUUAAACAGCCAACCCCCUUUCUUCGCACGAGGGAGUUUUUGUGGCAGGAAGGCCACACCGCCCACGCGACAGAGGAGGAAGCAUACACACUUGUCCUUGAGAUUCUGGAGCUGUACAGGCAAUGGUACGAGGACUAUUUGGCCGUUCCGGUGAUCAAAGGAGAGAAGAGCGAAAAUGAGAAGUUUGCUGGCGGGAAGAAGACAACAACUAUUGAGGGCAUAAUUCCCGAUACGGGUAGAGGUAUCCAGGCGGCGACUUCUCACUUGCUCGGCCAAAACUUUUCAAGAAUGUUUAGCAUCGAAUUUGAAGACGAAAAGGGUGCGAAACAGCUCGUGCACCAAACGAGUUGGGGCUGUACCACGCGUUCGUUGGGCGUUAUGAUUAUGACUCAUGGUGAUGACAAAGGUCUUGUGCUUCCCCCGAGGGUCGUGGCUGUUCAGGCAGUUAUCAUCCCCAUCAUUUUUAAAGAGACUGGAGGGAUGGAGAUUGUUGCGAAGUGCCGCGAGCUUGAAAGAUUGCUGAACGCCGCAGGCGUCCGCGUGAAGGUCGACGACAGGACAAAUUACACACCGGGCUGGAAGUUCAACGAUUGGGAACUGAAGGGCGUUCCUCUGCGAUUGGAGAUUGGCCCUCGAGAUGUAGAGAGCUGCCAAACCCGAGUGGUUCGCAGAGACACAUCGGAGGCACGGAACGUUCCCUGGGCAGAGGCGGCGUCGACAAUCCCAGCCAUGCUGGAGACUAUGCAGAAGGACCUUUUCAAUAAAGCCAAGGCCAAGUUUGAAGCUUCCAUAGAGCAAAUUACUACUUUUGACGAAGUUAUGCCCGCGCUCAACAGGCGACAUGUUGUACUCGCCCCAUGGUGUGAAGACCCGGAAACGGAAACUCAAAUCAAAAGGGAGACACAGCGCCUCUCAGAAAUUCAGGCCCGUGAAAACGCAGAUGGCAUGACGGGUGCUAUGAAGCCACUGUGCAUCCCUUUUGAUCAGCCUCCCAUGCCAGAAGGGACGCGCUGCUUCUUCACUGGCCGCCCAGCUAAACGUUGGUGUUUGUUUGGCCGGAGCUACUAG